AUGUCGUUCUUCCCGGAGCUUUACUUCAACGUGGACAAUGGCUACUUGGAGGGACUGGUGCGCGGCCUGAAGGCUGGGGUGCUCAGCCAGGCGGACUAUCUCAACCUGGUGCAGUGCGAGACGCUCGAGGACCUGAAGCUGCACCUGCAGAGCACUGACUAUGGCAACUUCCUGGCCAACGAGGCUUCGCCACUGACAGUGUCUGUCAUCGACGACCGGCUCAAGGAGAAGAUGGUGGUGGAGUUCCGUCACAUGAGGAACCAUGCAUAUGAGCCGCUUGCCAGCUUUCUGGACUUCAUUACUUACAGCUACAUGAUCGACAACGUAAUCCUGCUCAUCACGGGCACGCUGCACCAGCGCUCUAUCGCCGAGCUUGUGCCCAAGUGCCACCCGCUCGGCAGUUUCGAGCAGAUGGAGGCCGUGAACAUCGCACAGACACCCGCUGAGCUCUACAAUGCUAUUCUGGUGGACACGCCCCUGGCGGCUUUUUUCCAGGACUGCAUCUCAGAGCAGGACCUCGAUGAGAUGAACAUCGAGAUCAUCCGCAACACUCUCUACAAGGCCUACCUGGAGUCCUUCUACAAGUUCUGCACCCUGCUGGGCGGGACCACAGCUGACGCCAUGUGCCCCAUCCUGGAGUUUGAAGCAGACCGCCGCGCCUUCAUCAUCACCAUUAACUCCUUCGGCACAGAGCUGUCCAAGGAGGACCGUGCCAAGCUCUUCCCACACUGUGGACGGCUCUACCCGGAGGGCCUGGCCCAGCUGGCUCGAGCUGAUGACUAUGAGCAGGUCAAGAACGUGGCCGACUACUACCCAGAGUACAAGCUGCUUUUCGAAGGUGCGGGCAGCAACCCUGGAGACAAGACCCUGGAGGACCGAUUCUUCGAGCACGAGGUGAAACUGAACAAGUUGGCCUUUCUGAACCAGUUCCACUUUGGUGUUUUCUACGCCUUUGUGAAGCUCAAGGAGCAGGAGUGUCGCAACAUUGUGUGGAUUGCCGAGUGCAUCGCCCAACGCCACCGCGCCAAGAUUGACAACUAUAUCCCUAUCUUUUAG